AUGUCUAAAAACUGGGAAGAUGUAACUGAACUUCAGUUACAGGAAAGUGAUCAUGAACAAUUUUCAGAAAUCAUUUUCAUGGAGAAGUGUUUCAUCGGAUUGAAAUCACUUCGAGAGUUACAUAUGAAUCUACCGACACAGAUUCAACUAGAUUCAAAUCUUUUUGUAGGACUUGACAAUCUAAAAUUCUUAGACUUGAGUGAAUGCGUUCAUUUAAAUCUUACAGUACUUGUAAAAAGUUUUACAGGGUCCAAUAAACUUCCAAGCUUGGAAACUUUGAAGGCAUCAAAAUUAAAUAUCUACAAUGGAGGAAUCAAUUUUGACACAAAAUUUGCCGAGGCACUUGGUGAUAAACAAAUAACAUCUGUAGAGUUCAGUUAUACAAGCGUCACAGAAAUAAACAUAACCGCUGUUUUACAAUACAUACAGACAUUGAAAAAUGUGAAUAUAUCUCAUUGUUCAGUAGCAAACACUAUAUAUGGUAAGAAAAAUGAACUUCAAAAGAUAAAGAAUAUCAAUAUGUUUGAUAUGUGCCAUGUACCAGUAUCUUGGUUAAUUCCAACCACAAGAUUUGUCAACAUGACAUGGAAAUAUUCCGAAUUUCCUAAGCCGUGGAAUUAUCUUUUAUAUCCUAAAAUUGUCAACAUGACUUCCUGUAUAACUGAUCCAGGAUCAAUUCAUAUUGAAAACUGCACAUACAUAGCUGAUGUACCCUUUCAAUUGAAAAGUGAAGAAUUGAUAAUAAAGAAAAAUAAUGUUAAACAUUUAGAUCUCAAGAUGGAAUGCUCCAGAAAUAAAGUUAAUACAAUAAAACACAUUAAUGCAGCAGAAAACCUAAUGGAAUUUCUCCAUCCUAGUAUAUUAGGAUGUACCCCUAACAUUGAAGCACUUGACUUGUCAAACAACAAGUUACAUAAAAUGGCAAAAGAAAAUCAUCUGUUGUUUCAGCAACUGUUCCAAUCAAUUUCAAGUCUAAUUUCUAUUAACUUAUCAUUUAAUGGACUUAAAGUUAUACCGGAAAAUCUUUUCACUGAAAAUCGUGACCUUGAACUGAUAGACUUUUCUCAUAAUGAACUGGAGCAAGUGACCUUCACAUUAAAACAUCUGUACAAACUGAAGGUUCUUAAUCUUCAAUAUAACAGGAUAAAACUCUUAAGCUCUCUUUCUAUCAAUAACCUUAACAGUAUAUACAUCACACUAGGAAACACAACAUGGACUUUGGAUCUUGGGAAUAACCCUAUAUCAUGUUCAAACUGCGAAGCAAAACAAUUUAUCUACUGGUUAACACAUACAAACUCUGUGAGUAUUUCCACAACAAAUCUUGCUUGUACGUACUACAUUAAAGAAUACAAGACGGAAAAUAGAUAA